AUGCAGGAUGUGGUCGGUGUCGCUCCGUACAUGCGCACAGGGCAUCGGUGCGGGAGAGAGGCGGCGCAGCAGUCUCUGCCUACUUUCAAGGAGCUUGGUCUGAUCGAGCCUUUGCUGGAAGCUCUGGCACAGAUGAAGUUCAAGACACCGACUCCCAUACAGGCGCAGUCCAUACCACAUGCGCUUGAAGGCAGAGACAUUGUCGGUAUCCCUUCUACCGGGUCCGGAAAGACCGCCGCGUUCGCACUACCGAUCUUGCAGAAACCACAGAGCCAGCCGCAGGGGCUCUUCGCGUGCCAGUUCGAGGCUCUCGGAUCUGCGAUGGGCGCUCGAUGCGCCGUCGUUAUUGGCGGGAUGGAUAUUGAGUCGCAGAAGAUUGCGCUCGCCAAAAAGCCGCAUGUCGUCGUCGCUACUCUAGGACGGUUACAAGAUAUCAUGGAAAGCAUGAAGGGCUUCCGCCUUCGAAGUUUGAAGUUCUUGGUGCUGGAUGAGACAGAUAGGUUGUUGGACAUGGACUUUGGGCUGGACAUCCCGACAGAACGCACUACUUACCUUUUUUCAGCCACGAUGUCGACCAAGGUCGCAACACUGCAACGCGCCAGCCUUUCUGAUCUAGUUCGCGUAGAAUUUUCAAGAAAGUAUCAGACAGUGUCGUUGUUAUUGCAAUACUACCUCUUGGCCCCUCUAAAUCAAAAGGAUGCAUACCUCAUCCACCUCGCCAACUCCCUCGCACAAAAUUCAAUCAUUGUAUACACCCACACGCUGCGUGAUACGCAGCGAUUGGCAAUCAUGCUCAGAAUCCUGGGCUUCUCCGUCAUUCCUAUCCACGUCCAGUUGAGUCAAAGCCAGAUGCUCAGUUCCCUAGGCCAAUUCAAAGCUGUAAAUCGCAAGAUCUCCGUCGCGACCGACGUCGCCAGUCGAGAUCUGGACAUGCCCGCAGUCGACAUCGUCAUCAAUUUUGAUGUACCAUUCCACUCGAAAGAUCACAUCCACCGGGUCGGACGUACGCCGCGCGCUGGUCGCUCGGGCAAAUCCAUCACUUUGGUCACGCAGUACGACAUAGAACUCGUGAAGUGCAUCGAAUAUGUGAUCGGGGUGGAGAUGGAGCCAUGGCCAACUGACAAGGACGAAGUCGCGCUGCUGCGGGAGCGAGUGGACGAAGCUUCAAGAGCGAUCACAGUCGAGCUGAAGGACCAGGCGAGAGGCGGAAACAAGAAGAAGAGGGGGAGGGCAGACGAUGAUCGUGAUCGUGAUGACGACGUGGUGGAAGCGGGCAUGCCUGCAAAGCGAGGCAAGUUCAAAGGCAAGAGAUAA